CUCACCACUUCAACUUCAUUUCUUCUUCUUCUUCCAAAUUUGAGCUUCAGCUUCUGUGUUCUGUUCUUUCCUUUCACUCUGAGUUUGCACGUUUUUUGGCUACCCACCAAUGAUUACAACAAAGCGGGUCCACAGAUUCUUCAAGUUCCGUGCUUUAGUGAAUUCCCUUAUCAUAUCUAUACCAACCAUUCUUCGUGCUUUGUGAAUGCCCAAAACUAACCCUCUCUUCAACCCUUACCUGCCAUAUAUCAUAUCCCCUGCAUCUGAAAGGGGUAUUUUGACACAAACCUGUCACUUUCCAAGUUAAAUAGUAUCUUCUUAUUCUCCCAUCCAAUCAAAACUUGCACCACUUUCUUUCUCCUUUCAACUUUCGUUUUCAAAUAGAACAAGAAAAUAGAAAAUUCAAAACCAAAUGGUUGCUAAGGACUAUAAUCACUUAACAUGUACGGUUCUCAACAUGGGUAAAAUAAUGCUAACUCUUCACUAUUCCAGACUUUUCUGGCUCUUCUUUGGCAUAUUCUCUUACGUAAACCAUGAAGGCAAGCCUCGGAUUUAGGAUAAUUCCAUAAAAUAAUUAAAAUUAUUUUAAAUUAAAUUUUUCUGCUUUUAUUUUCCUUUUCUUCCUGCUCUGUGCUUUCUGCACAACUAAGUUGCUAGUAUUUCGACAAGUUUAGCUCAGCAUCAGACAUGUUUUGUAAGAGAGAAAACAAGGAAGAUGGCAUGGCAGAACAUCUCUAUGUGGAAACCGACCCAGCUGGUCGCUAUGGUAGGUUUGGAGAAGUUCUUGGAAAAGGGGCAAUGAAGACAGUGUACAAAGCAAUUGAUGAAGCUCUUGGAAUAGAGGUAGCAUGGAACCAGGUUAGACUCAAUGAGGCACUUCGCACCCCGGACGAUUUGCAGCGGCUUUACUCAGAGGUUCAUCUUCUCAGUACCCUCAAACACCAAUCCAUCAUACGAUUCUACACUUCUUGGAUUGAUGUUGAGAACAGGGCCUUCAACUUUGUUACAGAAAUGUUUACAUCAGGGUCACUGAGAGAAUAUAGAAAGAAAUAUAAGCGUGUCAGCAUACAAGCAAUAAAGAGUUGGGCACGCCAAAUCUUACAAGGUCUUGUUUAUCUACAUGGCCAUGAUCCACCUGUGAUCCAUAGAGAUCUCAAAUGUGAUAACAUAUUUGUCAAUGGCCAUCUUGGACAAGUGAAAAUUGGUGACUUGGGACUGGCUGCAAUUCUUCGCGGUUCCCAGCCAGCUCACAGUGUUAUUGGCACCCCUGAGUUCAUGGCACCAGAAUUGUAUGAGGAAGAAUACAAUGAGCUUGCUGACGUGUACUCAUUUGGAAUGUGUGUAUUGGAAAUGCUUACAUCUGAAUAUCCAUAUAGUGAAUGUUCUAAUCCAGCACAGAUUUAUAAGAAAGUGACAUCGGGGAAACUACCAUUGGCAUUUUUUCGGAUUGAAGACUUGGAAGCACAAAGGUUUAUUGGAAAAUGCUUAUUACCUGCAGCAAAGAGACCGUCAGCAAAAGAUUUAUUGCUUGACCCUUUUCUUGUGUCAAAUGAGUCAUCAUCGACAAUUAAGUUUGGGAUUCAGAAGCCAUUUUUGAAUGACAGUGAGAUGGAAAAACUGCAAUUGAGCGAUGAUCGUCCUAGGACAGGAAUGAAAGUAAUAGGGAAACUGAAUCCUGAAGAUGAUACCAUCUUUCUCAAAGUGCAAAUUUCUGAUAAUGAUGGUUCUGUUAGAAAUGUAUUUUUUCCCUUUGACAUUUUGACUGACACUCCCAUUGACGUUGCAACUGAGAUGGUGAAAGAAUUGGAGAUUUCUGAUUGGGAGCCUUUUGAGAUUGCAAAUAUGAUUGACAGAGAAAUAUCUGCUCUGAUACCACACAGGAGGCAAAGUAACUGUCCAGAUGCUUUCCACACAUUCAGUUAUCAUGAUUAUGAUGAUGAUGAUGAUGGACCUCAUCAUCAUUUCCACUCGCUCUCUUCUUGUUCAUCAUUCCAAGAAUCAGUAUCAGAUUUAGUUAGUAAAGCUGAGCAAAUAUCAAGUGGAUAUUAUUGGUUCAAUGAUGAUUUGCAUGAUGAUACCAGCUCGCGAUGCUCGUCACAAGGGACAUAUUCCAACUUGAAUUACUAUUCUAUGGAUGAUCAAGAGUACAAUGUGUCUUCUAUGAGAAAAGAUAAACUUCCCAUCAUGAAGAGUCACAAGGGUACAAGGUUUUCCCCCGGUGAAGACUUAAGCAAUUUCAACCAGGGCAAAGUCUUAGUAGGAUCACAAACUCCUCCUACUAGUAAAAGUAAAAUAUUGAUGAACAAUCGUAGAUUAACAAGAAACAGGUCAUUAAUUGAUAUUCGGAGCCAACUAUUACACCGAUCUUUGGUGGAAGAGGUAAGCAAGAGACGGUUAUUCAAGACAGUUGGUGCUGUGGAAAAUAUUGGAUUUCAGGCACCUUGUGAUGUUUCCACAAAAAAGUCACAGCCUGUAUGUGUUCCUUCAAGGAGUGGCAAGGGAGAAAAACUUAAGAGAUAAAAACAUUUACAAACAAAUGUCUCCUGAGCAUUGAAAAAUAAAUAGAUGAAAUGCAUAACAUUGUGUUAUGUGCUUGUGAAAAUAUUUGGUUGAUUAAAUAUGCUUUAAUCAUAUUUCCAAAAAUUGAUU